ACCAAGGAAACAAAACGAUUUCAUCUUCAGAAACCGAUAACCACACGUUCAAACCUGAAAAAGGACGAAUCUGAAUCUUGAAUCAAUGGUGUCCAAAUGCAUCAGCUUCCAUCUCCAUCUUCAUCCCCACCCUUCUCUUUCCUCUGCAAUCCCCCAAAAUCUGAACUUCACUCAAUUUCCAAUCAAAUUAGCCGCCACCCACGAGCAAAGUCCUCUCCUUUUCUCCAAAAGAUGCUCCAUUUCAACUCCCAUGGCGUCCUCCGCCAAUUCCAAUUCCGGGUCAAUAUUUGGUGGCGUUGAGCCUGACCCAGCACUCACCAAUGAUGAUCUCAAGCCGACGACGAUCGACCAGAGGACCUUCUCCUGGUGGGAAAUGGCUAGUCUUUGGAUCGGUCUCGUCGUGGGUGUCCCCUCAUUUUAUCUGGCCGGAAGUCUUGUCGAUCUCGGCAUGGCGUGGUGGCAAGGAAUCGCCACCGUCGUCGCUGCCAACGUAAUCCUGCUGCUUCCUUUAGUCCUAACAGGGCAUCCUGGCACCAAAUACGGCAUCCCUUUCCCGGUGUUAGCGAGAUCAUCCUUCGGGAUUCGGGGCGCCCAUGUCCCGACUCUGCUCCGAGCGCUGGUCGGUUGUGGGUGGUAUGGAAUCGAGUCUUGGAUCGGCGGCGAGGCGAUAUUCCUCCUCCUCCCGAAGUCCAUCAAGGAAUCCACCCUGUCUCGAUCCAUACCUUGGCUUGGCACUUCCCCACUUGAAUUUGCUUGCUUUAUGGCAUUCUGGCUUGCCCAAUUGACCAUUGUUUGGAAAGGAAUGGAAGGAAUCAAAGAACUCGAAAAGUACUCUGCUCCGAUUCUGAUCAUCCUCACCACCUCACUCCUCAUCUGGGCUUAUGUCAAAGCCGGUGGAUUAGGCCACAUGCUCUCCUUAUCUUCCCGACUAUCGUCAUCGGAGUUCUCGUCUCUGUUCUUCCCUUCAUUGACGGCAAAUAUAAGCUUCUGGGCUACUCUGGCGCUCAACAUUCCCGAUUUCACCCGCUACGCCAAGACCCAGAAGGAUCAAAUUAUCGGCCAGGUCGGUCUCCCAAUCUUCAUGGGGGCAUUCACCUUUGUUGGCCUCGCUGCAACAUCUUCCACCAAAGUCAUUUUCGGAGAAUUGAUAUCCAAUCCGAUACAACUUCUAGGCCAAAUCGGAGGAUUUACAACCAUGAUCCUAGCCAUUCUUGGGAUUAGCCUAGCCACCAUCACCACCAACAUAGCCGCCAACGUUGUUGCUCCGGCGAAUGCUCUAGUGAACCUCAGUCCUUCAAAAUUCACAUUCCGGAGAGGAGCUCUCCUCACUGCACUGCUUGGCAUUGCAUUCCAGCCAUGGAGGCUUCUGAAAUCCAGUGAAAGUUUUGUGUACACUUGGCUAGUUGGGUACUCUGCAUUGUUAGGUCCAAUUGGAGGGGUUGUUUUAGCAGAUUAUUAUAUACUGCGCGGGAUGAACUUGAGUAUCAAUGACUUGUAUUCUCUGAGUCCCUCUGGAGCAUACUACUAUUCAGGAGGCUACAAUUUGGCAGCAAUGGCAGCUCUGGUGAUCGGAAUUUUGCCGGUGGUUCCAGGUUUCUUGCAAAAUGUUGGGGUUCUAUCUUCGGUUCCGGAUGCAUUUGUUGUCAUCUACAACAAUGCUUGGUUCUUCAGCUUCUUCUCUGCAGGUGUUCUGUAUUGGUUUCUGUCAUGUUUGUUAGGAAAACAGAGCAAAUCUCUACCCUCAGAGCCCCUUUUGCCCAAUGCAAACUAAAUUGAUUUUAGUUUUUUGGUACUCAGGGAGAUUAGACACUCUGGAAAUAGGUCAUGUCUCAUGUGCAUUUGUAAAAUGUUACAGGAUAACAAAGAUGCUCCGUUUCUCACAAUGUAUACAUCACAUGUGAUACUCAAAUAAUAAGGGUGACUUCAU